UGAAAAUAAGACCUUGGCUAACAAACCGCUCAGUCGUUCGCUGUCCCCAUCACAAUGAAGUGCUUCAUAAGAUACGAAAAAUACUGCGAUUUUCCCAUUGAAAAUCUGCCAUAUGGGGUCUUUUCCACCAAAGACGAUCCCACACACAGGAUUGGGGUAGCAAUUGGGGACCAAAUCCUCGAUUUGAGACAAAUAUCCCACCUCUUUGUGGGACCAGAACUGAAAAACAAUCAAGAUGUGUUCAAACAGAAAACGUUAAAUAAAUUCAUGGGAUUGACGAAAAAAGCAUGGAAAGAGGCUCGUGAUACGAUUCAAAAUCUACUUUCGGUAGACAAUCAAACAUUACAGACUCCUGACAUGAAAAAAAAGGCUUUUGUGUCACAAUACGAGGCCACAAUGCACCUCCCUGCCGAAAUCGGGGAUUAUACUGACUUUUUCUCCUCAAUUCAUCACGCAACAAAUACGGGUAUAAUGUUCAGAGGAAAAGAAAAUCCCUUGCUCCCCAAUUGGAAAUACUUACCGGUGGCUUACCACGGUCGAGCAAGCUCUGUCGUGGUCUCGGGGACCCCAAUCAGGCGCCCCAACGGACAAACACUCCCAGUUGAAGGCGCACCUCCCGUUUUUGGGACUUGCAAACUGAUGGAUUUCGAACUAGAGAUGGCGUUUUUCGUCGGUGGGCCGUCAAACGAGUUAGGCAAACCCAUUCCGAUUGAAAAAACCGACCAACAUAUUUUCGGGUUUGUGCUAAUGAAUGACUGGAGCGCAAGGGAUAUUCAAAAGUGGGAGUACGUGCCUUUGGGGCCCUUCACUGCCAAAAAUCUAGGGACGACUAUUUCGCCCUGGGUUGUUACCACUUUUGCCCUUGAGCCCUUCAAAGUGGACAACUACUCGCAAAAUCCGGAGCCUUUCCCCUACUUAAAACACGACGAUAAGUUCAAUUUCGAUAUCGGGCUGCAAGUGGACAUCACCCCAAAGGGGCUGAACGUGUCAACCACAGUUUGCCGUUCUAAUUACAAAUAUUUAUACUGGACGGCAAAGCAACAACUGGCCCAUCACACCAUCACCGGGUGCAAUGUCAGACCUGGUGAUUUGAUGGCAAGUGGAACAAUCAGUGGCGAGACUUCAGAUUCCUUCGGUUCGCUCUUGGAGCUGUCCUGGAGGGGCACCAAGCCCAUUUCGCUCCUUGACGGCAGCCAGAGGAAGUUCCUCCAAGACGGUGACACGGUCACCAUUAAGGGAAUGUGUGAAGGCGAUGGUUAUAACAUCGGUUUCGGCGAAUGCGUCGGUUCGUUACUGCCAGCUAUCGACAUGUAAUUUUUUCCAAUACAAAAAAUAAAGUUUGAAGUUAA